GCGGGGCCAGGAGGAUAAUUUGCUGCUGCCAAGGCCCCAUUUUCCCUUUCUUCUCACUACAGCUGGCCUCUCCCCUGGUCCUACAGGCACUGCGUGUGUGUGGCUGAGGGGGCGGGGGUGUCUCCUUGCUCAGCGCUCUGGGUACCGGUGCGGAUGGGGCUGGGGAGUGGGUUCUGAGUCAUCGCAGUUCCAACCUCGGGCGUGGUGUAGCCUUGGGAAGCCCGUUGUUUGCUUGGGGCAGAAGGUGAAAAGCCCUCUAUCAUUAAGGACAGGAAACCAGACCUACGUCUCUGUGUCCUGCUCCUCCUGCUGGCCGCCCCUUUGCCCUGACAUCUUGGGACAGACGGUCUGGGCGGCUCCAGCUCAGUCCUGCGGGACCUCAAAGCUGGGAUUGUAGGAAUCCUAGCUUGCGACCCGGAGGAGCUUGGGCCUGGGUCCCAGAGCCUGGGGGGGAGGGGUGGCCACAUCAGCAGUAGGAACAUUUGCACACCUGGAGGCAGCCCCCGACUCAACCAGCAGUGCGGCCUUCGGCUUCAUGUGUGGUCAGCGCAGGCGGCAGGUUAUGCCGGAAGAGCAGCCACGGGUCGACGUGUCCCGGUCGGUGUGGCGAACCCAGCAGGGCCACGCCGACAUGAGGUGGCACAAGGUGAGGCCCCACCAACCAGCGGGGAAGAACUCGCCCUGUAUCCUGCGGCAGCACCAGCUGCCGCCCCGCGACCUCCAGGGCCAGCACGCGCAGCAGCCGCUCGGGGCGCACGUGUUUCAGCUUGGGUGCGUCCUCUAGUCACCCGACGCCUGCGACCAGCUAUAGAGCUGUGCUUGGUCCAAGGGCCGGCACGGAUUAGCCACAAGUCUGUCCUGCGGAGCCAGGGGCUCUGGGACUCAGUCCUAGGGCGCGCCGUCCACGUCCUCUUGAGUCAGGCACCGUGUUCAAGGCUGCGGCCGCCUGGAGCAGCAGUAGGAGGAGGGAAGAGGGUGGCACGCUGAGGCUUGAGCCAUGAUGGCGCGCCCGUCCAGCCUGCCCCAUGGCCAUGCUCUCUCUGAUCACCUCCAUCUUCCCUCCUUCCUUCACUCCACUUCUGCUCUCCUAUGAGCUGGGCUUGCUGCUGCUGGGAGCUCUUUGCCCUAGUACUGCCCAAGCCUGGGCGAGGAGGGGCCUUGCAGGCGCAGGGUGCUUACAAGGGGCAGAAAGACAAAGUGUCAUUGAUCUCUCAGGGGCUUUCCAGCCAGUUCCACGGUUCAGGCAUGCACAUUUGUACAGGCUUCUGGGAGUCUAACGGUGCAUUACUUUCAGGCAAGGUGGUUGUGGAUCUCCGUCAAUAGCUCUCAAAUCCCACCACACUGAGUCUAGAAUCUUACAAUUCUGCUGUUCAGUGAUCAUCGGAUUUUAUAAUUCUGAUUCCUCAAUUCAACUCUGUUGGAUCUGAAUUUAGGAUUGAAGAGUCCAGAUCAGAUUCCUAAGAGUUUCAAUUCCGUGAGUCUCUGCUUCUAAAAAUUUGAGGAUUCUCUGAAUCUGGGGUGGUUGACAUCGGGCUGGGUGACAAUCCCAGGGACCUUCAAGGAGCUCAUUCUAAAGCCUCUUGCCCAGCUUCUCAGGCCUUGAAUGCAAGUCCUGGCUCCAACUGUGCCCCCACCCUAUUUUCUCUUUCCCUUCACAGGCUCCCCUUUGAGAUGCUUCCUCACCCCCAGCUUCUAAAAAGACAGACACUGAUUCCCUGACACCUCUUUUCUCCCUUCCUUAACUCAUUGCAGACUGCCUUUUGCCCUCCCUACACUUGUUCAGUUUUCUAACAGUCUCCAUGAUGCUAAAUCCAGUGCACCUCACUCCCCAGGUGCUAGCCUCCUUAACCCUCUGGAAGCAUCUGGCCAUGUGGGUUCUGCCUGAACUCCAUGACUGAAUCGCACAGCCAUUCACUAGGACUUAUUAGCCUCUUUGCCUGGACAAGAGGCUCCUAGCAGGUCACUCACCAAAUCUCUCCCCUUCUAUCCAUCCUUUUCACUCCAGGACAUAAUAAACUUGUACAGGUCACCUCCCUGCUCUAGAACCUUCACUAGCUCCCUGCUGCCCUCAGGCUGAAGCUAGACUCUUUGGGCAGGUACAUAAACCAUCUGGUCACCAGCUGGACUCAGCCCCUGGAAAGAGCUUAGGGAAGGACAUGGGUAUCUGAGGACUUGCAAGGCCUGAGGGGAGGGGUUCUGUAGAAGGGGGACUCAUGUCCUGGUUUCCCAGCCUAAGAAACCCCAUUCAAGACUAGGAAUCCUUUUUAAACGUGGGUUGGAGCCCUGCUCAGAGUCUCAAGGGAAAGGAUAUGGGGUGGAGUCACCAGACAGUGCCACAGCAGGUGGGAGUGCCCGGAGUGGGCUGGGCCCUGGCCACAGAGGGGUUAACUACAAAGCGAUCUCAGAGAGUGAGAUCAAUGGGUUACUCACUGCAGAAAGAGAGAAAGAGGCAGCAGCAACGCAGAAGGCAGAGAAGAGACAGGCAGAAGAGCAUGCCACCCGAGGAAAUCAGGAACUGAUGAGGAGGUGCUCAGUGGCUACUCCAGAGGGAGUGCCCAACUCCCGCUCAGCAGAGGGGGCCAGAGGAGACGAAGUGCCUUAAAGGCGAAGAGGGAGAAGUAGGAAGCAGCCCUGUACCUGCACGGAGGCACCAAAGGGCAGCAGCUGAGCCGGGAGGCAGCCCCAGCCUGGCCGUUCCAUCCAGGAUCAAGCAGAGUCCAGUGCCCAGGGUUGAGGUGGGUGUUGCCCAUCCUGAGCUUUGGGGGCCUGCUGCAUGCCGGGUGCUGGGGUGGGGGCAGAUAUUGUUUUUCUUCCUUCCUCUCUGUCUCCCCCCACCCCAAUUUGUCAUAUCACGGCAGCAAUCCCAGGCAUGCCAGAGGAUCCACAGGUAGUAGGCGAUGUGGGUUGUGGGGUGGGCCAGGGGUAAGAAUGGCCACGGUGUGCACAAAUGCACACAUACGCACACACAUGUAGGCUCAGAGGCACCACCUGUUACAGCCGUUCAGAUGAGUACUCUAGGCUAGAAGUCAGGAUACCAGAGUGGCAACAGCCCAGAUCUGCCAUUCAAAGUAUGAUUAUUACCCCCCCAUGUACCCUCUCUGGGCCCCAAUUUCCCCAUGUGCAAAAAGGGUUCAGUGAUCUAUAUGGUCUUCCCAGCUUUGCCAUUUGGUCAUCUCACUAGACUGGACAUUCCAAUGACCUGGGAUGCCACCCAUGUUUUGCUAAAGCUACAACUUGUAGCUAGAGAAAGUCCUGAACCCAUGUCCAAGUGCUGAGCUACGUGCUGAGCUUCAGAUUCCCAUUGAAAAGUAAGGAAAAUAUACUAGCUCCUGGGGUUGGAGCUGCCCCUCCCCCCCACCUGCCAUGUCUUCACCCUGCUCUGCCUGUGUCUUCACCUGCCUCAUGGUUGAAGGUGAGGUGUCCACUAACUGCCUAAGCACCCCUCCAUGCCCUGGAUGAGAGGUAUGUUCCCUAGGAAACUGAGGAACGCCCCCCAACACCAGCGUGACUGUGCUAGGGGCUUGUUCACACAGUGGGUCUCAGUGAUGACUUUUGGCUCUGCUUUCCCCUCCCCCAUCCCCCAUGAGCUUCCAGCCCAGGACACCUGGCCAGACUCAGGCUGGUGGAGCUAGACCCCUGGGUCAAGUGGCCAGAGCUGGGGGCCCCUGCCUGAGGACUCCAGCUUUUCUUCCCCAGGUGCCUGUCUGAUGGGGAGAUGGCUGAUGCCCAGAACAUUUCGCUGGACAACCCGGGGAGUGUGGGGGCUGUGGCAGUGCCUGUGGUCUUUGCCCUAAUCUUCCUGCUGGGCACAGUGGGCAAUGGGCUGGUGCUGGCUGUGCUGCUGCAGCCCGGCCCCAGUGCCUGGCAGGAGCCAGGCAGCACCACGGAUCUGUUCAUCCUCAACCUGGCUGUGGCCGACCUCUGCUUCAUCCUGUGCUGCGUGCCCUUCCAGGCUGCCAUCUACACCCUGGACGCCUGGCUCUUUGGGGCCCUUGUCUGUAAGGCUGUGCACCUGCUCAUCUACCUCACCAUGUACGCCAGCAGUUUCACGCUGGCUGCCGUCUCAGUGGACAGGUACCUGGCCGUGCGGCACCCGCUGCGCUCGCGGGCCCUGCGCACGCCGCGUAACGCCCGCGCCGCCGUGGGCCUAGUGUGGCUGCUGGCGGCGCUGUUCUCGGCGCCCUACCUCAGCUACUACGGCACGGUGCGCUACGGCGCGCUCGAGCUCUGCGUGCCCGCCUGGGAGGACGCGCGCCGCCGCGCCCUCGACGUGGCCACCUUCGCCGCCGGCUACCUGCUGCCCGUGGCCGUGGUGAGCCUGGCCUACGGGCGCACGCUGCGCUUCCUGUGGGCCGCCGUGGGCCCCGCGGGCGCGGCGGCGGCCGAGGCGCGGCGACGGGCCACGGGCCGCGCGGGGCGCGCCAUGCUGGCGGUGGCCGCGCUCUACGCCCUCUGCUGGGGCCCGCACCACGCGCUCAUCCUCUGCUUCUGGUACGGCCGCUUCGCCUUCAGCCCGGCCACCUACGCCUGCCGCCUCGCCUCGCACUGCCUGGCCUACGCCAACUCCUGCCUCAACCCGCUCGUCUACGCGCUCGCCUCGCGCCACUUCCGCGCGCGCUUUCGCCGCCUGUGGCCCUGCGGCCGCCGCCGCCGCCACCGCACCCGCUGCCCGCCGGGCGCCCGUCGCGCCCUCAGGCGCGUCCACCCCGCGUCCUCGGGCCCAGGCGGCUGCACCCUCGGGGACGCCCGGCCUCGCGGGAGGCUGCCGGCCCGCGGCGGCUGGGGCGGUGAGCCCAGGGAGGGGCCCGCCCACAGCGGAGAGGCUGGGUGA